AUGAAAACAAAGAAGAUUGACUCAUUUGAAGCUCUUGCCGAACAAGACAAGAAAGUGGCUGAACUCCUUAUCGAAUUAGCGCGGCUGACUCAGGCAUUGCCCUUGGAAGGUAUUAACAUUAGCAUUUUCGGCUUAACGUCAACCGGUAAAUCAACGCUAAUUAAUAGUCUUCUUGGACAAAAUGUUGCUGAAACAGGGGUUGGUGAAACAACAACAAAAAUCACGCCAUACCAAGGAACACAGUUUACUCUUUGGGAUGCUGCUGGUCGAAAUGAUGAAACAAUGUAUAUGACUAUGGAAUACAUAUCCUUCUUCAAAGGAUUAACACGACGUGUCAUUCUAAUUCAGUCAUCAAUCAAAGAAAAUUCCAGUAUGAUGAAACUUUUGGAUGAGAUUAAUUUAACAUAUGAUAUUGUUGUUAACAAAUAUGAUCUAGUGGAUGAGAAUGAGCAACAAGGAUUUAAGAGUCAAAUUCAGCUGGUUGCUGGCUAUGUCGCUGCUGAACUAUUGAAUGUUGCACGCGAAAAUCAUGGUCAACAGGCUCGAGAAAAUGCGAUGCUACGCGAAGAUCUGCGUAUAUAUUACGAUCGACAAUCUGAACUAACGAUGCGUUUUAUCGAGAUUAUGACUAGGAUUCGGUGCAGGCAGAUCAAAUCCUUCACGGAUCUUGCCGAACAAGAUACAGAAACGAAGAAAGCUUUGAUUGAGUUGGCGCAAAAAGCCGAUCCAAUCGAGAUGAAAGGCAGAAAUAUUGGCUUUCUUGGUUUAACGUCAACCGGUAAAUCAACUUUACUCAAUAGUCUUCUUGGACAAAAUGUUGCUGAAACAGGGGUUGGUGAAACAACAACAAAAAUCACGCCAUACCAAGGAACACAGUUUACUCUUUGGGAUGCUGCUGGUCGAAAUGAUGAAACAAUGUAUAUGACUAUGGAAUACAUAUCCUUCUUCAAAGGAUUAACACGACGUGUCAUUCUAAUUCAGUCAUCAAUCAAAGAAAAUUCCAGUAUGAUGAAACUUUUGGAUGAGAUUAAUUUAACAUAUGAUAUUGUUGUUAACAAAUAUGAUCUAGUGGAUGAGAAUGAGCAACAAGGAUUUAAGAGUCAAAUUCAGCGUGAAAUCGAAACACUUGGACUGAAGGGAGUCAAUAAUGUAUUUUACAUAAGCGCUAAAUAUACUGGAAUGUUUCCCGAAUGGACGAGGAUGGUCGAUUAUCUCACAUCUUGA